CUCUCCUCUCGCCGCCGGGGCGGCCGGGGCCGCAAGGAAGAGUCGGGAUUGGCCUGGACCACCAGUGGCUCCUGGCGCUUGCGCAGCUGCUUCUUCUCAAACAGGCGCCCGCUGAAGGAGGCCCUCAGAGGGCUUAGAGAUUCUCUAGCUCCAAGGCUCCCACGCUGUCCGUCACGUUUCACAGAGGGGAAGACUGAGGCCCAGAGAGGCAAAGUGGCCACUCCGAGGUCACACCAUGGGCAGGGGCACAGCUUUGGCGGGAACCGGGAACAGGGAUAAGGGGAGGGGCCCUAGUACCUGCUGCUCCAGCUUCUGCUGCCUCACAGCUGCCAGCUCAUUGCCCAGACUCCUAAGAACAGAGGUACACGGGUCUGAAGUUGGUCCUGGGCUCCCCCAGUCUGUGGGCAGUCCCCCUCCCAAAGCAGAACUUCAGUGAAAUUACAAGGAGGAGAACUCUGGCCACUGCCCUCUGGGGACCCAGGACUCCCCUUACCCUAGGGAUCCGGGUGUCCCCUCCCCCAGCCUUGCAUUCCUCUAGCCUACUCCCUACCUUCUUGCACACCCAAAUGCACAAGGACCCAGGUAUGUGUUCUCUAGACUCCACUCCACCUCCACCCCAUUCCCAGCAGAAAAAAGCAUAACUCAGGAAUCUGUCCUCCACAGCUCACUCUCCUGAGACAUCCUAGUGAUGACAGGGACCAGGCCUCAGGAUUUCAGCUCCCUGUUCUUGGGUUUUAGCCACCCUCAGAGACCCAGGAAUGAGGCCCUCCAGUCUCAACUCCCCUCAGGACUCAAAAGCAUGGCCCUGAGGUCUCAGCCUCCUUCAGGCCCCAGGAGUGUGGCAUGAGACUCUCAGAUCACAAGGAGAGGGCCUCUGCCUUCUCUGGGAGGUCCCUGGCCUUGACCCCCACUUUGCUUUUUUCCCUGUCCUCAGUUGAUGCCCUGGCUAAUCUAUUUCUAGUUUGGAGGGCUGUGAUUAGGGAUUGAGGACACAAAAGUCCUGCCUUCUGCCUCUGCAUCUUGAUGGGAAAGCCUUGACUUUCAGCCUCAAGACCUACAGCAGCUUCACAGCUUUGGUCCCUUCCUCGAUCCCAAUGGAACAGUCCCUCACUCUUUCACCCCUUUUCUCUUUUCCUCUAUUUUUCCCUCAGCCAAUAUGCCUUCCCCUUUGCACAUUAGCAGCUUUCUCUCCUGACCUGGAAGGAACAGGGAUGCUCCUUGAGACAUCAGAGGUUGGGGAACUAUUCUGGGGCAAACUCCUAUUUCUUACAUGAACUGAAGCUCUAAGAUUGCAAUUUCUGAAGGCUAGGAACUCUUCCCCAAACUUAUGAGUACCUAAAGGGGCUAAGGCAUAUGGCCCAUGACAGCUGAAUCGCUGAGGGAAUGAGGACUGGGGGCCUCAGACUCCUGGGUCCCUAAAACCCAGAAAGUCUCUGGGCUUGGGAAGCUGAGCCCCACUGAGAAUGGGGACUGAGAGGAGGCAAAUUUCAGAGUGCUUGAAAGAAACGGACAUGCAGUCUGGUCAGUUUCCCAUCUGUCCUUGCUCCCCCAUAUCUGGUUUGCUCUGCCUCCCAAAGCCGGGCAGGUCCCUGGGUAGGGGGGGCUAGUGGUAGGUACCUUCCAUGAUGCUCUAAGCCCGGGUGGGGGGGGACCCCCCCAGGACCGGCCCCGCCCCCCAUCCCCGGCCUGCUCCUCCUCCUUUUAGCUCCCACUACCGGGCUCCCUGGGGGCCACUGAACCCUAUCCCCUAUCCGCUGCCUAGCGACUGGCUCAAUGUUCCAGCUUGUGAUUGGUACUUUUAGGUUCCUUAAAGGGCCCAAAUAGCCACCUCGUAGCCCCCUUAGGAAGGUAAAAGGAAAGGUACUACAACUCCCACGAAGGUUGGCGGCGCAAUAACAGAAGGAAGAGGGAAUAACGCCCUCCUGCUGCCUCCUGGGAGUUGUAGUUGCACGGCCAUCUCCUUGCCUUCUACAUGCUUUCGCCCAAUAAGGAGACUGGGGCGGGGCUGAAACUGGGAGCUUGCGUAGAGGCAGGUUCUGUCUCUUAUGGGCGGAGCCUGCCCAUGUGACACCUACAUAUAGGCCAAAUCCCCUUUCGAUUGGCUAGUUUGGAGGCGGGGGCGGGACGAAUUGAAAGUCUUGGAGCCAACGAAGAAGUCGUAGGCUGAGCUUUGGCAGGAUCCGGGCUUGGAAACCUUCUACCUUGCUCGGCCCUUUGGAAGUGCUGAGAACCUUCUCUGCAUCCCCGGGCUCGUGCGGAGAGACACCGCUCAGCAUGUUGCCCCGGGGGCUGUUGGCCGCUUUUCUGCUGCUGUUGCUGCCCGCACCUGCUCACCCAGCUCCCCUGGACCGGCCUGAGCCAAAGAAGGAUGACAUGCCGUCUUCUCCUCCUGAGACUCCGGACACAGGACUCUAUUACCAUCGCUAUUUACAAGAGGUGAUCCAGGUCCUGGAGACAGAUGGACAUUUCCGAGAGAAACUGCAGGCUGCCAAUGCGGAGGACAUCAAGAGUGGGAAACUGAGUCGGGAGCUUGACUUUGUUAGUCACCACAUCCGCACCAAACUGGAUGAGCUCAAGCGGCAGGAGGUGUCUCGCCUGCGGAUGCUGCUCAAGGCCAAGAUGGAUGCUGCCCAAGAGCCUGAAGUACAGGUUGAUCACCUGAGCCUUCUGAAGCAGUUUGAACACCUGGACCCUCAGAACCAGCACACAUUUGAGGCCCGAGACCUGGAGCUCCUGAUCCAGACGGCCACUCGGGACCUCGCGCAGUAUGAUGCAGCCCAUCACGAGGAGUUCAAACGCUAUGAGAUGCUGAAGGAGCAUGAGAGACGGCGUUAUCUGGACUCCCUGGGUGAGGAGCAGCGGCUGGCGGAGGAGCGGAGGCUGGAGGAGCAGAAGCAGAGACACCGACAGCACCCUCGGCUCAACGUGCCAGGUAGCCAGGCCCAACUGAAAGAGGUGUGGGAGGAGACUGAUGGGCUGGAUCCCACUGAGUUCAACCCGAAGACCUUCUUCAGGCUACAUGAUACAAACAGCGAUGGUGUCCUGGACGAGCAGGAAUUAGAGGCGCUCUUUACCAAGGAGCUGGAGAAGGUGUAUGACCCCAAGAAUGAAGACGAUGACAUGCGGGAGAUGGAGGAAGAAAGGCUGAGGAUGCGUGAGCACGUGAUGAAGACAGUGGACACAAACCAGGACCGCCUGGUGACCCUGGAGGAAUUCCUCCUGGCCACACAGAGGAAGGAGUUUGAAGAGGCAGCCCUGAAGGGCUGGGAGACACUGGAGGAGCACCCAGCUUACACGGAGGAGGAACUUCGACGCUUUGAGGCAGAAUUGGCGGCCCGAGAGGCUGAGCUGGCAGCCCAGGCCCAGAGGUUGAGCCAGGAGAGCAAGGCCCUGGACCACUCCCAGGGGCUGCUGGAGGUCCAGAAGAAGGAGCUGCAGCAGGCUGUCCUUCACAUGGAGCAGAGGAAGCAACAACCCUCCCCAGACCCACCAGCUCCAGGCCCUGAUGGACAGCUCCUUUUCCAGCCCCAUGCAGAGACAGGAGCCCAAGCAGAGCCAGCCAUGGUAAAGGAGGGUCCAGCCCCAGUCCCAGAUUCCCCUGUGCCUGAUUCCCAGCACUAGUGAUCCGCAAGGCCACUCAAUAAAGACUUUCUGGGCACCACGAC